AUGGAUUUUAGCAAGAGCGAUCAGGUUCGGAACUUUGCCAUCGACGAUUUCCAGCAGAGCAUCACCAAGACUGGUGUACAGCAAGAUGUAGUCGACAUGCAUAGACUCGGCAAGGAGCAAGAGUUGAGGAGAAACUUCAAAACCUUCUCGAUCCUCGGUAUGGCAGCAGUGACCAUGGCGACAUGGAUAUCCGUCAUUCAGGCGUCCACAUUCUCGCUCAUCAAUGGUGGCCUUGCCGGGACAGUUUGGGUGUAUCUGGCUUCCUGGAUAUUCACCAUUUGUCUCGUAUGCAGUCUUGCAGAAAUGGCUUCAAUGUCGCCUACCAGCGGUGGACAGUAUCACUGGGUUUCUGAAUUCGCACCGAGUUCCCAGCAGAAAUUCUUGAGCUACUGCGUGGGCUGGCUGAGCGCAUUGGGUUGGCAGGCUGUCAUUGCAGGAGGAGCUUACACGAGCAGCACACUCAUCUUCGAGCUCGUGGCUCUAAACAAUCCAGACUUUGUCUAUUCGCGCUGGCAAAUCACCCUCCUCAUGGUUGGCAUUGGGAUCAUCGGCACCAUCUUCAACACUUUUGGGGCAAAACGACUUCCUCUGUUAGAGGGCAUCAUUCUUUGCAUUCACAUCUUUGGCUUCUUUUGCAUCAUCGUUCCACUGUGGGUUAUGGCUCCCAAGGCGUCCCCAAGAGCUGUCUUUACAGAAUUCUCGAAUUUCGGAGGAUGGCCCUCGAUUGGGACUGCAUGCGUUGUCGGACAACUCACUGCUGGUGGAUCAUUUGCGGGGAGUGACGCUCCUGCACAUUUGGCGGAGGAAGUGAAGAACGCGUCUCUUGCGGUGCCCCGUAUGAUGUUAGCGACCAUCAUACUCAACGGCAUGAUGGGCUUUGUGAUGAUCAUCACGUACUGCUUCUGCAUCACGAAUCUGGAAGCAGUCGUCAGUUCCACAUCAGUGUUUCCGUUCGUCGACGUGUUUUUUCAUGCUACAGGAAGCAAAGGCGGAGCUACUGCAAUGGCCUGCAUACCUCUCAUACUCACCAUAUGCACAGCACUGAACUCCAUGGCGGCAGCCUCGCGACAAGCAUGGGCGCUGAGCCGCGACGGAGGUCUACCGUUCUCUGGCUGGUUCCGCCAAGUCGUGACAAUUGGAACUCCGAUACCGCUGAAUGCCAUACUCUUUUCUCUUUCAAUCCUGGUUGUAUUGGCGCUGAUCAACAUCGGAAGCACUUCGGCGUUCAACAGUAUCGCUGGUUUGCUCACGAGUGCCACGAACUUCUCUUACGCAGUCAGCAUAGGCUGUGUAUUGAGUAAGCGCAUGCGGGGACAGCAACUUCCGCCAGCCAGAUGGUCCUUGGGAAAGCUCGGCAUACCGCUGAAUGUCGUCUCUGUUCUGUAUGCUGUUUUCGGGGCUGUGAUUAGCUUCUUCCCAGUGGUCACUCCUGUUUCGGUAACGACCAUGAACUGGUCAGUAGUCAUAUUUUCUGGCGUGGUCAUGAUCGCCGCCACAGAUUACUUGUUCCGAGGCAGAAAGAAGUACAACGGACCUGUGGUGAAUGUUAGACAGGAUUAG